UCCCUUCCUGUCCUGCCCUUGGGCGGAACUCCGAGCCCGGGCUUGAGAGUCCGAUCCGGAGCCGCUGCAGCUGCAAAUGCGAAUUCCGAGACUCCAGAUCUGCCUGGAGGGGAAGUGGCAGUCCUCAAAGAAGGUCAUCUGUAUUUCGUCGAGGUGGUGUGUCCCGCAUCCUUUUUUCAGCCGAACCUCCCCUAAGGGGGUCAUGCAGGAGAAUUCAAAUUCUUUACAGAACUCCAUGGCCACGGAAAGAGGAAGCAAAGACACAUACACAAAAUCUGCUUGCCCUGGAAUAGAUAACCGUCGGGGAGUGGAACUGGAGCCCCUCACCACGUUGAAAAGAAUUCAAGAGAGCUCUUUCAAGUGCCUUGAUGAGGAAGCGACUUCUCAUCCUCAGCCUAAACCAGAAACGCAGCUGGGAGGCCAUCCGCUGAAGGGAAUGGCAAAGUCUCUGCCUUGCUGGGGAGCCCUUGAGAGACUUAGUGAAGCUGCCAUCCAACAGAGAAUCCUCACAGGAGAGACCCAAGAAAAGCAAACCGAGAGCGACAAAGACUGCAGUUGGCGAGCGGACUUUGUGAUCAGUAGGAGAAACCCUAAAAAACGGGACAGGCCGUAUAAAUGCUCUGAGUGUGGCAAAAGCUUUAGCGUGAGCUCAGACAUUAUCCGGCAUCAGAGAAUCCACACGGGGGAGAAGCCAUACAAAUGCCUGACAUGUGGGAAAGGCUUCAACCAGAACUCCCACCUCACUGCACAUCAGAGAACCCACACAGGCGAGAAACCAUACAAAUGUUGGGAGUGCGGGAAAAGCUUCAGCUUAAGUUCAGACUUCACUAGACACCAGAGGAUUCACACGGGAGCCAAACCCUAUAAGUGCUCUGACUGUGGGAAAGGUUUCAUUCAGAAAUCGCACUACAUUACACAUACAAGAAACCACACUGGGGAAAAUCCGUACAAAUGCCCUGAGUGCGGAAGAGGCUUCACAUCCAGCACACUGCUCAUAAGACAUCAGAGAAUACACACAGGCGAGAAGCCGUUCAAAUGCUCCUUCUGUGAAAAGAGGUUCUGUGCCAGCUCAAACUUGGUCACGCACAUGCGAACACAUACUGGGGAGAAGCCAUUUAAGUGUCUGGAGUGUGGGAAGAGCUUCAGUCAGAAAUCCACCCUGAUUGCACACGAGAGGACACACACGGGUGAGAAGCCAUACAAAUGUUGGUGUAGCAAGAUGUUCAGCAAGAGCUCUGACCUCCUUGCUCAUGAGAGAACCCACACGGGGGAGAAGCCGUACAUCUGUCCCAGCUGUGGCAAAAAUUUCCGGAUGAGCUCACACCUCAUUCGGCACCAGCGCAUUCACACAGGAGAGAAACCCUAUAAAUGUUCUGAAUGUGGGCGGAGCUUCAGUGCCAGUUCUCACCUUAUCAGACAUCAGAAAAUCCACCUGGGGGGGAACUGACAAACAAGCAAAGGUGCAAUUCUAUCCCCCUUCCCACAAAAACAAUCCUACUGGCGAAACUAGACAGCAAGGAUACGAUUCUGUGCAUCUUUUGGACGUUCACGUCAUUGAACACGUUUUAAAUUGCUGGGUUGGCGUAUUCUGGGUUACAAUCCCUUUUUCUAUUUCUGAUUUGUAUUUACCAAUGAAAAAUGUUUUCUGGGCUGUGGAAA